AUGUCUGAUUCUCAACCGCCUUCAGGCUCGACGCCAACGCCAGAAAACAAGGCCGACACGGGCUUCCAACCAGGAGAUGAUACCUUCACGCAUUGGCGCAACAUCUUCGCCAUCCUCAUGGGGAGGAUGACGGAUGAAGGAAAGGAGCAAUUUCGCGUUGCGCGGGAUCUCCGGAACGAAACGGAAGAUUGCAAGCGCUGUGAAACCCAGAGAGAUUACCUAUUCCAGUACAGCCCCGUCAUCCGUUACCUGAGUGACAAUAUUCGACAGCUGGGAGGCGAUUUAUCGGGCCAUAAUAUAUACUGCCGUCGGUGCACGAAUAGAAAAGCAGGAGGCUUUGAUCCGGAAUACGGAAUUCUACUCUGUGCGAAUGAAAUGAAGGAUCAAGGACAUCUGGAGGAUACUUUGGCACACGAAAUGGUCCAUGCCUACGAUCACUUAAGGUUCAAGGUCAACUGGAACGAUAACCUCAGACAUGCGGCCUGCUCGGAGAUUCGAGCAAGCUCGCUUAGUGGAGAAUGUCGAUGGGCACGCGAAUUCUUUCGACGGGGACAGUGGAAACUUACGCAGCAACACCAAGAAUGUGUCCGACGAAGGGCCAUCCUGUCAGUACAAGCUCGACCAGGGUGCCAAGACAAAGCACACGCUGAAAGGGUUGUCAAUGAAGUCUGGGACAGCUGCUUUAGAGACACGCGGCCGUUUGACGAAAUCUAUCGAUAA